CCUUUAUCCUUAUCAGGUCUUUCUUAGUCGUUACUCGUUUUAGCUGUGUACGACUUGUAAUAAUGCUCCGUUUAAAGGGGAAAGCCGAGCUUUUUAAAUUCUGCCUCAAUUCCCUAAACAAGGGACAUCGUUCGGCUUUUCACAGGAUAGCCGACAUCAAAGAAGAAUGCAAGCAGAUAUCCAUAAAAGGAUGGGUAACAUCAUUGAGAAAAAUGAAAGAGUACAUUUUCCUAGAUUUAAACGACGGCUCAUGCAGCAAGCCAUUGCAGAUAGUUGUACAGAAAGACAACAAAAUAAAAGCCCUCCAAUUUGGCUGUUCUAUCGAGGCGGAGGGCGAGCUUGUUAAAAACAAAAACGGCCAGUUAGAACUAAAGGCAAGCGACGUCAGACUGAUCGGUCAAUGCAAUAUCGAUGACGGUUACCCUUUCGCUCCGAGGAAGCACUAUUCCAACGAUUAUAUGAGACAGUAUCUUCACUUAAGACUGAGAAAUAACGGCUUUGCUGCAUUAUCACGAAUAAGAGGUGCCGCUACAACUGCAAUUCAUAACUUUUUCAACACGCACAACUACAUUAAUAUACAUACACCGGUAUUGACUUCAAAUGACUGUGAGGGUGCUGGUGAGGUCUUUUUAGUAGAACCUGAUUAUGAGACCAAAAAAGGAGAAAAAAAGGAGUGCUUUUUUGAUAAUAAAGCUUUCUUGACUGUCUCUGGACAACUCCAUCUGGAAGUUGCCGCUAGAUGUUUUCACAAAGUUUACACGUUUGGUCCAACAUUCCGUGCUGAAAACUCCAAGUCUCGACUCCACUUGUCUGAGUUUUACAUGGUGGAGGCAGAAACCGCAUUAGCUCAAAGCACUGAAGAUCUGGUCCACUGUGUAGGGAGUAUGUUCCAAUAUGUAACUAAAUAUUUGUUAGAAAACUGCAGUGAAGACAUUUAUUUAUCCAGGAAAGAAAUCGGUGAUAAGGAUCUCACAUCGAAUCUAGAGAAUGUGGUUGAUAAACCAUUUUGUAUUAUGUCUUAUGAUGAAGUUUGUAAUGUCCUCAAAGGCAGUAAAAAAUUGAAGACAAAAUUUGUUCCAAAUAUGCCCCUGACAAAAGAGCAAGAGCUCUUUAUCGUCGAACAUAACGACAAAUACCCUGUAUUUGUAAUCGAUUGGCCUGCUGAAAUUAAACCUUUUUAUAUGAAGUCCAAGGACAAUGACGAGAACAGGGUUAUGGCUUUUGAUCUCCUCUGCCCAAAUGUAGGUGAAGUCUGCGGAGGAAGUUUAAGGGAAGACGAUUAUGGGAUGUUACAGAAAAAGCUGGAAGAUGCAGGCAUGGCUGAGAGGCUAGCUUGGUACCUUGAGCUAAGAAAAUUUGGCAACGUCCUCACUGGGGGGUUUGGAUUAGGUUUCGAACGAUACUUACAAGUUUUAUUAAACAUAUUAAAUAUCAAAGACAGUAUUCUAUUUCCAAGGUGGCCUCAUAAUUGUAAAAUGUGAAUAGAAUAAAGAACUUGAUUAAAAA